GACCAGCGGGGUCAGAAGUGCCCGGCUGGACUGCCUAAGACAGCUAAAACUGUUGGACUUUUUUUCAAAGCUGCAGGCGCGUUGGCAUUUACGCAAUGCUUGCUCGCGGUUUACUUUGGUCGUGAGUCGGAGUGGCAAAAAGCGGUAUUUGUGCCGAGCUGUGUGUCCGACAACCCUCUGGCUUACGUAUAAGAGUAGCGUAUCUGCACAUGUAUAUCUGUGUCACACUGUAACACAGUGGAUACGACGUCAGAGAGUUAAGAUGAUGACUCCUGCAAAUAUAGAAAGGUUUGGACGCAAGGGAUUAAUAGGACAAAGAAUAUGCGGAUAAUCUAAGUUCCUUGUUGACACCAUUAGGGGGGUCCGCAGAUCCUCGUCGGAAAACCCCAGGGUGUCUAGCGAUGCUGGAGGCGAUCCAGAGGGUCGUGUUUGCUCGCGGCUGAAACGCCAAAAAGAGAGCACAGUCGGCUGGCGAACUGGAGCAGGAAUUGAGUCGACGGGAUCUCAGAUGCAGACGGGUACGUGUGCGUGGUUAGUUUUUACUAUUUGCUUCUAAAGGCAACCCUGAACCGUUGAUAAUUUCGUUUGUGCAAGGUCGUUUUCGGUCACAGCCUUUUAGCAGUUCACGUAACAGCACUGUUUUUCUGGAAGGAGCCCCGAGCUCCAUUCACAUUUGAGUCCUCAGGAUGGCUCGCACCGCGGACAGCGUCUGUGGCGACGCGAUGAAGAAUUCUGUCUCAGUCUCCUCUGAGGAGCAGCAGCCCCUGCCGCACGCUCAGAGGACUAUGAAAACUCCGUCGAUGGAGUUUGUGAUUAAAGAACCGCUUCUCAAUGAGGCUUCCGGGGACGAGAGACCUGAGACGUUCCUGGAAAUCGACCUCGCCGAUGCAGACGGCAGCCACGAAGAUAUGGAAUGGUCCUUGGGAAAUCCAGAAGACGAUGAGCCAGUGCCUUUGCCGGUUGGAAAAAGUGACAGAGGCAGCAUCGGGGAAGGCCGCGAAAAAACCUCGGAGUCCGAAGCCAGUUCCACUUCUCCGCCCUCUCCCCGCAACCUCGAUUGGUGGUCUGAGCCUCUGCCGGCUCUGCACACACAGAAGACUGCUGAGCAAAAGUGCUAUUCCCCUUUCAUGGGAAGCUGUCAGAACGGGCUUCGCUUUUCGCUCUGGAGCUGGUCGCGAACCACGGAACCCCCCUACAAGCCGGAGGAAUGCUGGACGCCUUGGGAAGACAUGCUCCCCGACCGCCUGUCAGACGACCCCGAAGUCCAACGCUCCAAAAGCCACUACGCCGCCCUUCUCGAGGAAACGCAGGCUUUCAUCGACCGAGCAAGAAAGCCCUCUGCUCUCUCGUUGUACGUCCUCUUUUCAUGAACGUCGAGCCGGAAAAAGCAAACCUCCAAUCUUAGAAAAGGCAAGCGUCCAAAAAAGCAUAUGCGCCUGAGUUCGGGCGCCAAGGCGGAGGGAGGGACGGCAGGACGCUCCGCCGGCACGAAGGCGAGGCAGUGAGCGAAGUGCGAAAAUGCUGUUUCACCAUUAAUAGUCAUUCUCGCCUUUCCAUGUCAUGUCUCGCGGUGUCGAGUGCGAGAGCAGGUUCUUUAUAAGCGAGAGACUUCGAACGGCGAGACAGUCGUAGUCGCUUUUUGGGGCGUCUAGCGCCGUGUGCUGGACGAACCAGUGUCGUCGGAUAAGGCUCUUUCCGUGCGUAAACGUUCCCUUGCCGCUAACACAUUUCGUGGAAGGGAAUUAACACACACUCAUGUUCUCCGGAGUAUCCAGGGGACAGAUGUAGAAAAGGGUCUUUCUUGUGCGGGUUGUAUCUGCUCGACACCUCAAGGCCGCGAACUUUUACAGAUGAAACCGGUGUUUGUCUUGCUUCGUGGAACUUUCAUUCUUCAAAGUCCUUUGCCAUUA